AUGAGUUCACUCAAGGAAACGGUCGAGAAGACGGUCAAUAUGAUCAUCCCAUCAGCUGCUGCUAAUGAUACAGUUAAAACCCCUAGAGAGCAUUCCUCUCAGGAUUCAAUCACUUCAACCACUUCAAAUCUAUUGAAACAAAAUAAGGAACGAGAUUCAUUCGAAUAUUUACAACAAACAGCUCAACAAGAAAGAAAUAGAUUGUCAGAUAUGUUGGAUAGCGUCAGAAGUAGCUCAGAAGGUAACGAUAAUGAAUCAUUCACAGAUGCUGAUGAAUUCAUUUUCAACAGAUCUUCAACAGAUAGUUUACCGCAACAACAUCAAAGAGAAGUUGAAAAGAGCUUUGAGGCAGCUACGCCUUCAAGAGCUGGUGAUGAUACCAUCGCUCAAGAUAGCCCAGCUGGUGGUGCUUCCAUUCCAAGUGAUCAAAGAUUUGAAUUUGAAGUUACUCAAGCUACACCACCAAGACCAAGAGCUAUACAAGUCAUGACUCCAACAUUUGCAGGAUCUUCAAAUAGUGUUGUUGCGUCACCAUCAAGUGCUUUCAAUAGAAGAUCAAUAAUAUCUGAUUAUACUCCAAGUAUUCACGAAGUAAACAAAGUGGCUUACAUUGUGGAGGGUCAAACAGACCAAGAACUUGAACAACAACAAAUUGAUGAUUAUAAUGACGAAAACCAGCCUGUUAUGGGAAGCUUUGAAGAAAAAUCAAAGUUAUCAAGAAAACCAUCAGUUAUCAAAAUAAGCAGAAACUCAUCAAAAGGUAGUAAUAAGAAUGCUGAACAUCAUGAAAAGAAUAAAGAAAGCAUCAAUUCGUUCUCUUCAAAUACAAACAGUGGGAGUGGGUCCUCAAAAUAUCCAGAAUCAUCCUAUAGUGGGAAAGAUUAUGAGUUUGUUGAAGGUGAAAAGCAAGCUCAACAAGCACCACAAACUGAAAAAAUCUUGGAAGAAUCUGAAUCAACAUCAUCUUUUGAAUUUAAUUUAGGUCCUUUGAAAACUACAAAAGGUGAACAACAACCAAUUGAAAUGGAAAGAUCUCAUGUCACGAGUAUUGAUCCUGCAAUUCCUUCAAGAUCCACAAGAAGACCAAUGAGUAGUGCAUGUAUUAAACCACCAGUGAAUAAAUUAAAAGAAGAACAAGAACAAAAUAGACCAAGAUCUAUUGAUAUUGGAGGUAUUGAUAACUUAAUGGUUGAAUUGAAUAAAGAGAUUUACAGAUCACCAAACACAAAGAACUCUUCACAAGAAAGUGAAGUUGAUCACAAAAGACAACAAUCUGCAACUGAUUCAAUAAAUAGUACUGAAAAGGCGAAAAGACCAUUACCACCACCACCUGUUCCAAAACAUGAAAAGAAACUAAGUAUGACAACUGCAAAUGACGAAGAUUUUGUUACAGAAGAUGAAGAUGGCGAAGAACAACAUCAUGAAUCUAAAAGUGUUAAAGAAAGUAAAAAGAAACACAAGAAAAAAUCCAAACACUCGAAAAAGAGACAUUCAUCAUCAAAAGGACAUUUUAAUCAUGAUACAUUAACUCAACUACUACAAGUUACUGAAGGUACGAUAAUUGGACAAGAAUUCCAAAAUAUUGGAUUAGAACCAAAUGAAAAACAAUUAUUAGAAAGAUUGGUUGAUUCUUUAUCAAGAUUAACUGCUGAUAUGGUUAUUGAUUCUGAUAGACAUGAUGAAAGUGUAAGAAGAUUGAAUAAAGCCAUCAAGGCACUUGAAGGGUUUUGA